AUGACCACGAUCUGCAAGCAGCUCUACGCCUGCUACAAGGGCAUCAACGGCCUGCAGCAGACGCAGGCGCUGGACUAUGCGUCCCAAAAGGCGGCCCACCAGGGCGGCCUCGUGCCGACGGGGCCGGGCGCGGCGCGGGGCGGCGCGGGCGGCGGCGUGGCGGGGGCCUCGGCCAACGCGGAGAGCGUGAUGCCGCGCUGUCUGUCAGCGUUGGGCUACACGAACAAGGAGAUCAUCGCGGCGAAGCGCAUAGCAUCGGCUGUGAUCCGUCUGGGGCAGGAGCAGCAGAUGCCGUGGAGUGGCAAGAACCCCAUGACAGUGGCGGGCAGCAUCAUCUGGGGCGUCGUGCAGCUGGAGCAGCUCAAGGCGGGCGGCGGCGGUGGCAGCCUGGACGAGCGCGCGGUCAACGAGGCGUCUGGCGCGACGGGCAUGGCGCCCAUCACCAUCAAGGAGGGCUUUCGCGACAUGCUGCCUGUGUGGUACCAGAACGCGACCAUUGUGCCGGAGACGUUUGCUACAAAACAGCAGCUGGAGCAGCUCGGGGUGAAGCUGGGGGUGGACGUGCACGCGGCCUUGGACGCGGGGACCAAGGCCAGCCGCAGGCGCAAGGCCAAAAAGGCCGCGGCGUAA